AUGUCAUCAGCCAGUCCCUUGAAUGAAACACCUGUUUCGCCUCAACUAGACAACUCUACUGGCAGUAAUGAUCCUACAGACUUUGCAGACCAAUCCGAACAAGCUGACCAGAUACCAUCCUCUCCUUCCUCUCCAUCUGCAUCCACAUCUGCUGCCCGCAAACGGACCAGAGCAAGUGCAGAACAGCUAGCUGUUCUCGAAGAUACCUUUGCAGUCAAUGUCAGUCCAAACAACAAACUACGAAAGCAAUUGGCCGAACAGCUCCAGAUGAGUGAACGAUCCAUCCAGAUCUGGUUCCAGAACAGACGUGCAAAAGUAAAGCAUAUGCAAAAGAGAGCACAGAUGCAAAUGCAACAAGCAUCAAUCCGUGCACAACUCUAUCAUUAUCAACAACAGCAACAACAACAGCAAAGUGGUUAUUCUACUACUUCUGGUGCUUCUGCUGCUACUACUCCUAAUACUACAACUACUAACAAUAGUCACCAUAAUCAUAAUCAUCAUCAUCAAAAUCAUCAUCAUCAACAGCAACAACAACAUGUUUAUCAGCAACAACAAGUUCAUCAAUACUCUCUCCAAAACAAUCCUCAUCCUCAUCAUCUUCACCACCCUCAACAACAUCAACAGCAUGUUUAUCAUCAACAGCAGUUGCAGUUGCAGUUGCAACACCAGCACCGUAUGUUAUCGCGUGCUCAGAGUGUAGAUGCCAUCCAGCCCUUUACACCUCCUUAUGGCUCACAGUGGCAAGCCUACAACAUUUCACGCCAGAGUAUGCCCCCCAACGCCCAGGACAUCAUGAUCGAUCUGCCCGACUACCUCCACGGCCCUCCAUCUCCAUCCCCUUCUCCUCAGCGCGACUUUCACUCUGCAGCUCCCCUACAAUACCCCCUCGAUCCCACUCUUCUUCCCACUCUUGUCCCAGUCCCUGACGCAGGUCCAACUGCAAUGCUUGCCACCCACGAUUUCCGUUCAAAAGGUCCAAACACACCCGCAAACACACCUCCUACUGAUCCAUCGCUCUGGCCAACAAACAAUGAUAUUCCUCAAAGACCUCAAUUACCAUCCAGUCAAUUGGUCAAUUCUUCAAUUCAUCCUUCACGAACCCUGACCAACCCAACCAUCAGCACCGUCAAUCCUGCAGCACUCAGUAUCCCAUCAUCUAACCCUCCUCUUUCUUCCACAACCACCACUAGCAGUAGUGCUGCCAACCUUCCUCUUUCUUUACCUCAAGUACAAGGCAUCAAAGAAUCUUACUUUAAUGCCUCGACUCUCAUAAUCGGUUCCUGGCAUCGUCUCAAGCUCCGUGCUACUGACCUGCUGUGUGUCUACAAACCAGAACUAAACCACUUUUCGUGGCACAUCACAGACAGCAAUUGCCACUUCAAGAUGGUCACAUCCAUCGACUCUGUUUCGUCCAUCAGCCAUGUUUCUUCAGUAGACAAUAACAACCCCAACAACAACAGCCAGAUGAUCUACUUUGACAUUACCGAACCUCCUCUGUUUUACAUGGAAGCCAACCAGGACGGCGCGUCUGUCUGGAUCCAGUGCAGCGAUUUCACAGAAGGAAAACAGGCCUCGCGUUUCUUCAGACACACGCUCAAGGGUAUCGGACACACGCUCAAAGAAGACCUGAUGGUCAUGAUGAACAGAUACGAAAAGCUACGUCGACUGGUCCGCUUCUUAAACCACACCCAAGUUGCACCAGAACCGAUGGUCAUCCAAACCAAUUACACCAUGCCUGUAUCCGUACCCGUACCCGUACCUCAACCUCAACCUCAAACUCAAUCCCAAUCCCAGCAAGCCAUUCCAUACUGGCCUGCACCACAACCACAGCCAUUGCCAUUGCACACCAACAAUAGCAACAGUAUUAUUGGCAGUAAUAAUAUGUUCAUGAACCAGUCUCCUACUAUAGCUUAUGGACCAUAA